GGGUGGCGGGAAGGAGGAAGUUUGAAAGUCGUGGGGCCGAGUGGUCUCUGCUGGGGCGAGAUGAGGCUGCACUGCGACGUGGAGGUGGUCAGCCGCCACUUGCCGGCCUUGGGCAUGAGGAACCGGGGCAAGGGCGUCCGAGCCGUGUUGAGUGUCUGUCAGCAGCCGCGGCCCCGGGCUGGGGGCGAGCCGGGCGACCGCCCCCGAGCCUGCCUGCUCAUCUCCACCCUGAAGGACAAGCGCGGGACCCGCUAUGAGCUGAAGGAGAACAUUGAGCAAUUCUUCACCAAAUUUGUGGAUGAGGGGAAAGCAACUGUUCGGAUGAAGGAGCCUCCUGUGGAUAUCUGUCUAAGUAAGGCCAACUCCAGCAGUUUAAAGCAGUUCCUUUCAACUGUGAGACUGGCUCAUAGAGGCUGUGAAGUUAAUGCACAACUUUCAACGCUCACUCCAGUGAAGACUUCAGAAUUCGAAAAAUUUAAAACUAAAAUGGUUAUCACAUCCAAAAAGGACUAUCCUUUAAGCAAGAACUUUCCGUAUUCUCUGGAACAUCUUCAGACUUCUUAUUGUGGGCUUGUCAGAGUUGAUAUGCGUAUGCUUUGCCUAAAAAACCUUCGGAAAUUAGACUUGAGUCACAACCGUAUAAAAAAGCUUCCAGCUACGAUUGGAGACCUCAUACACCUUCAAGAACUUAACCUGAAUGACAAUCACUUGGAGUCAUUUAGUGUAGACUUAUGUCAGUCUACACUCCAGAAGUCUCUUCGAAGCUUGGAUCUCAGUAAGAAUAAAAUCAGGGCACUCCCUGUGCAGUUUUGCCAGCUCCGAGAGCUUACGGAUUUAAAACUGGAUGAUAAUGAAUUGAUUCAGUUUCCUUUCAAGAUAGGACAACUAACAAACCUUCGAUUUUUGUCAGCAGCUCGAAAUAAGCUUCCAUUUUUACCCAGUGAAUUUAAAAAUUUAUCCCUUGAGUACUUAGAUCUUUUUGGAAAUACUUUUGAACAACCCAAAGUCCUUCCAGUUAUAAAGCUGCAAGUGCCAUUAACUUUGUUAGAGUCUUCUGCACGGACCAUACUUUGUACUAGGAUUCCAUAUGGCUCUCAUAUCAUUCCUUUCCAUCUUUGCCAAGAUUUGGAUACUGCAAAAACCUGUGUUUGUGGAAACUUCUGUCUGCGCUCCUUCAUUCAAGGGACUACUACCAUGAACCUACACACUGUUGCUCACACUGUGGUCUUAGUAGAUAAUAUGGGUGGUACUGAAGCACCUAUUAUCUCUUACUUCUGUUCUUUAGCCUGUUAUGUAAAUUCAUCUGAUAUGUUAAAGUAACAAAUAACACCACAAAAAAGUUCAUUCACUUACAGAUUAUGUAGGGAUUCAUUCAUUAUUUAACAGUGUCAAAUUGGAGAAAGGGAAGCUUUUUGUAUACUUGCUUGAGAGGAGGACUAUGUCACUCUACCAUUUUAAGUCAUUUGGUUCUGAACUUUUAAUUUCAUUAAAGCAAAAUUUACUUUUAUUGUGGGGUUAAGUUUUGUUUUUGUGUUUUAAACAUUUAUCUGUUUGAGAGGCAGAGUUAUAGACAGAGUUCUCUGAUCCACUGGUUCACUCCCCAAAUGACCGCAAAAGCUGGAGCUGGGUCAAUCCAAAGCCUGGAGCCAGGAGCUUUUUCUGGGUCUCCCACGUGGGUGCAGGGGCCCAAGGACUUGGGCCAUCUUCCACUGCUUUCCCGGACCAUAGCAGAGAGCUGGAUCAGAAGAGGAGCAGCCGGGACCAGAACUGGCACCCACAUGGGAUGCUUGCACUUCAGGCCAGGGCUUUAACCCUCUGUGCCACAGCGCCGGCCCCACAAUACACCAUUUAUAAGACGUUCUAAGUUACAAUGAAUACUUACUAUGAAACUAGUCUAUAUAAGAUUGAACAUCCUUAACUUAACAAUCUUAAGUCCAAAAUGCUCCAAACUCUGAAACUUUUUGAAUGCAGAUAGGACAUCACAAAUAAAAAAUUCCACAACUAACUUAGUGUGACAGGUUACAGUUAAAAUGCAGGACCACUAAAAAUAAUGCAUAAAAUUACCUCCAGGGGCCGGCAUUGUGGCUUAGUAAGUGAAGCCACCA